CUAAUGGAGGUUGGAGGUUUAAAUUCUUUGAAAAUAUUGAAUGAAUUAUUUUAGUCCACUGAAAUACUUAAUUUCAAUUUAUUUGAUGUUAAAAUUGAGAAAAUGAAGUAUUUUCUUGCAAUUUUCUAUCUUCCGCUGUUUCUGAUUGGCAUUCUAUCAGAACAUUUCCAGAUUUACAGUAUUGCGUGGGAACUUUCUGGCGGCUUAUAUUCAAAUCGGCUCGUUUGUCAACAUUUGAGUGACGUACCAGCCGUAUCGAGGAUAUUUCCAUGGACGGCGGCCUUGGAAUAUCAAAACAGCAGUGAAUUUCGUUUUUUGUGUGGUGGCACGGUAAUAUCCCAGGGCUUUAUACUUACGGCAGUGGAUUGUGUAGCAUCUCGACCUUCGGUUAUAGUUCAAUUGGGAAAUCUAUCUCUGACUGACAAUGAUAACGAUGCCAAUCGAAUUGUAAAUUAUGAAGUGGAGUAAAAACUAAAGGAAGCGUUCUGUGGAAUGAUGAAAUAAGCGGAGGACCACUUACCACGUAUAAAAUAUCGAAAAAAGAGACUAUCGUUGGUAUUGUUUCAUUUGGUGUUGUUGAGAACAAGAUAAAUUAUGACUGUGGCGGAAUAAUAAUAUCUGAAUUUUUUAUCAUGACAUCGGCAUACUGUGUGCGCAAAGAAAAUGAACCGACUCGAGUUCGAUUGGGACCAGUAAGUAGACGUUUGAUCGUUGAUUUCUGUUUUUUGAAACUCUUAAUAUUUAUCACAAUAUCUAUCGGCAUCCAAAUUAUACGGAGUUGACGAAACAGAAUAACAUCGCUUUGAUUCGAUUGAAAAAGCUCAUUCGAUUUGCACCGGCUCGAUUGCAAAUGGAGUUACGUGAUGAAGACCCUGACUUGACUCUCUAUGCAACUAAAUGGGAACCAGACAACAUAGCCGUGCUGACCGCCCUUAAGACAAUGUCACUUUCCGUAUGCAACGAAACGCUUAUACAUAUGAAUUACAAUAUUAGCAUUGACGAACGGCAAUAUUGUGCGCACGAUCCGGAAGCAAAUGAAGAUAGAUGUCAACUAAACAGCGGAGAACCACUUAUCAUUCCCAACAUCCACGAACCGCACGAUACCACAGUGAUUGGAAUCGCUUCGCAUGGUGUUGGAUGUAGGAGAGUUUAUACUCGUGUGGCAUACUAUUUGGAUUGGAUCGAACCAAUUGUUUGGCCACACUAACAAGGGUGCAAUUCUAUUCACUCAAAACAGAAAAAAAGCACAGCUGAACAAUGCAAAGCAAAUCGCUCAGCAAGGAAAGAGACCUAUUCUGCUUAGCAUCAAAUUUUCACAAAGGAUCGAUGUGGAACGACCUUUUGUCCAUUCUAGAUUGCUUACUUCACGCUGUUCUUCAACGCAUUUACCUUCUUUCGAAAAAAUUUCCUUUGGUAUAGCACAAAUUUAGCUGAUUUAGAUUUAGAAUGAAAGACAUUACAUAUGUGUCACAAAUAAAUGAAUAAAACCAGUAAAAAACUGACUUCUUCAUCAACAUUUUCAAACUAUG